GGCUAAAUGAUUUCCCACUUCGACCAGGCUCUGCCCCACUGUCUGCUGCUGGCAGCUGGGCGCUGACCAUGAGUUAAAGUUCCUUGUAAUUUUCGCUUGUUGGAAGAACUUGAAGAAGGACAAAAAGGAGUAGGCGAUGGUACAGUUAGCUGGGGCCUUGAAGACGAUGAAGACAUGACACUUACAAGGUGGACAGGCAUGAUUAUUGGGCCACCAAGGACAAAUUAUGAAAACAGAAUAUAUAGCCUGAAAGUAGAAUGUGGACCUAAAUACCCAGAAGCUCCUCCAUCAGUUAGAUUUGUAACCAAAAUUAAUAUGAAUGGAAUAAAUAAUUCCAGUGGAAUGGUAGAUGCACGGAGCAUACCAGUAUUAACAAAAUGGCAAAAUUCAUAUAGCAUUAAAGUUGUACUUCAAGAACUAAGACGUCUAAUGAUGUCCAAAGAGAAUAUGAAGCUUCCACAGCCACCAGAAGGACAAACAUACAACAAUUAAUUUUAGUGGAUCUCAAACUUGUCUUAAAUCAACAAUCUUCUAUUUGUGUUAAUGUCUUGAUUAAAUAUCACAAUGCAAAAUACCCACACAUUAAGUAAAAGAAUUCCAUCUGGUAAACAUGACCUGGACAUUUGUAAGAAUAUAUUUAAUAUAUGUAUAUGCAUUAUGUUUUCAGGUAACAGAAGGAAAAAUGCAGCACAUUUGUUUUUAUGGCACUGUCAUGUAGACAUAAACCUGCAGUACUCAAAAUAGAAUUCAGGUUUAUAAAAUGAAAGUAUGGUGAAAAGUGUCAGAUAGAUGUGGUAGAAGCAUGUGUGUUUCUAAAAAUCUCAAGAAGGAAAAAGAAAUGGCAUGCUUUAUCCAUCUUGCUUAGUGAAAAGAGCUUCAGUUUAAAUUAUCUGAAGUAGCAGGUACAAUGAAUAUUGUCAAAAUUGUUUUAAUUUUCAAAGUAGUGUGAAUGCUGACUACCAGUAGUAUCAAAAAUAUGUUAAGGAUUGUUUUGAUACCUGCAUUUAUAAUAAAAAAUGUCAUGGGGAAGGUUGAUGAAUUUCUGUUAAAAGCUAUUUCUGUACGUUACAUGUAACAUACAUGACAAAUAUUUGUUUACAGUUUUUGACAGAUAUACAUUUAAGUUUAAGUGAAAUCAGCAAAAAGGAAAUAAGUAUGGAUAUGUGAUUUUUCGUAUUAAAGUUAGUCUUAAAAUGUAAAUAAAAUGUGGAUUGU